CUGAAAAUUUUAAGAGUGUAUGGUAAAAAGCAAGAGUUAGAAGAUUAUCCAAAUCCAUUUUUCAUGCCUCUAAUAAAAAAAAAAUACCGAUUGAAAGAUACAACUGCAGACAAGAAACUGAAAGAUGUUUCUCUCCACCACAUUAUAAGAGAUGCUAACAAAUGUCCUUUUGCUCAAAUAAUCUUAAAUUUAGAAGAAUGGUUCAUUCAGAUUUAUGACAAUCCCACGAAAAAUUACGAUGAAUUUAUGAAAAUUGAUUCACAGUACAAAGAGAUUAUAAAGGAUGCAGAGCAACAAUUUUUGGAAGAAGCAGAUAUCAUAUUGAUGACGUGUUCUGCCAAUCAACCAAAGAGAAUCGAAACGUUCAAUAUAAAACAGCUUAUAAUUGAUGAAUGUAGCAUGAGUAUGGAACCAGAAAGUAUGUCUCCCAUGAUCCUGAACCAUCCUGAGCAGAUCAUUCUCUUGGGGGAUCACCAGCAAUUGAAACCUGUUGUCACAGAGAAACUAGCGAGUCAACUUGGUUUAGAAACCUCUUUGUUUGAGAGAUAUCAUGAAAAUGCUUUCAUGCUCACUAAACAAUAUAGAAUGCAAAAAAGUAUCGCAGAAUUUCCAUCCAAACAAUUUUAUAAAAAUCGUCUUGAAGUUGGAAAUGAAAAUCAAAAUGAUCCUUCUCAAUAUCUGUUUUGGCCUGGAGGACCGAAGCAUCCAAUAGUGUUUCUGCACAAUGUUGGAGAAGAGAAGGGAUUGAAUGUGUCGUCAGAAGAUGGAGGACAACAGUCCAAGAGCAACGAACUGGAAAUAAAUAAUGCUGUGAACAUUGCAUUCAGACUUGUCCACAGAUUCAAAAUCAAUCAAUCCAGCAUAGCAAUAUUAUCUCAGUACAGAGCUCAAUGUACGUUAAUAUCUAAAAACCUGAUUUCAAAAAAUUUAAGUGGAAUAACUGUUCAAACUGUAGUGUCUGCUCAAGGAUCUGAAUGGGAUUACGUAAUACUGUCUACGGUUAGAUCACUUCCCGCCAGUGAAAUAGAAAGAGAACCGAGCAUCAAAUGGAGGCAGAAACAUUUGGGAUUUAUCAUUGAUUAUCAUCAAAUAAAUGUCGCCUUGACCAGAUCCAGAUUGGGACUAAUUAUACUAGGAAACAAGUUGCUCUUGAGAACUGACGCGAUGUGGCGUAACCUGCUGGAGCACUAUGAAAGCAAAUCUGCAUUGAUAGAAGCUAAAGACUUCAAAUUGUUUUGA